CGUGAUUCAUCCUCCAAGAAGAAUCCUGUAUAAGUGGAAGAAGAAGGAGCAGAGCCUCAUUGCGAGAAAAGAUGGAGAUGAAAGCAGAGCUGGUCUUCAUCCCCAUCCCUGAGAUUGGCCACUUCCAAUCCAUGCUUCAGCUCGCCAACCAUCUAGUCAGCCGCCACCACGCCCUCUCCGUCACCUUCCUUACCUUCAACGCCUUUUUUGCCUCAGCCCCACCACCACCACCCGCCGCCCCCUCCUUCCCCGGAAUCCGCUUCAUCACCCUCCCUCAAGUUGACCUUCCUCAACUCGACGACAUCUCCGGUGUGGACUGCUAUCUUCUCUCUCUCCAGCUCCUGAAACCCCACGUUAAGCACGCGAUACAGACCCAUGUGCUCGCCUCUGACUCCCCCCAGCUCGCCGGGUUGGUACUGGACCCGUUAGCCUCCGCCAUGAUCGACCUAGCCGCGGAGCUCGGCGUCGCUUCUUAUAUCUAUUUCCCCAGCGGAGCAGCAAUGUUGGAACAAGUGCUUCGUUUCCCAGAUCUCGAUUCUCAAGUCAGUGAACUCCCUGCCACCAAGUUAACCCUCCCGAUUUCAGUCAACUCAGUUCCCCGGCGGGUUCUGCAGACGGCCAUGCUGGAAAAAGACGAAGAUGGGUACGAUCCGAUGCUCUACCUAGGACGGAGGUUUCGAGAAGCUAAGGGUAUUAUCGUAAAUACACUCAUAGAGUUAGAGCCCGAUGUGGCGGAGCUGGUUUCGAAUAGGCAGUAUCCGCCGGUUUAUCCACUUGGACCGUUGAUAGACCGGUCUGACUGGACUGAUGAUCGUAUCAUCACGUGGCUCGAUGGUAAGCUGGCCGGUUCGGUGGUGUUCCUCUGCUUCGGUAGCAGAGGGGCAUUGGGUGCGGCUCAGGUGCAAGAGGUAGCGCAUGGACUCGAGCGCAGUGGAUACAGCUUCCUCUGGUCAUUACGCCAGCCGCCGCGGGUGAAACACGCUCUACCCUCAGAUUAUACGAAUCCGGCCGAAGUCUUGCCAGAUGGCUUCCUAGAUCGCACGGCGGAGAAGGGCUUAGUUUGUGGAUGGACCCCACAGUUGAAGAUCCUGAGCCAUCCAUCAAUAGGGGGGUUCAUUUCCCACGGUGGGUGGAACUCCAUCCUGGAGAGUUUGUGGUGUGGUGUACCGAUUAUGGUGUGGCCUAUGUACGCAGAGCAAAAACUCAAUGCGUGUAAAAUAGUGAGAGAAUUGGGAUUGGGUGUGGGAGUCACAGAGAAUGAGGACUUCAUUGACGGUCGAGAUUUGUUAAUGAUUUACACGGACGGUGGAGAGCUAGUAAAGUGCGAAAAGCUGGAGAUAGGAGUGAAGAGGUUGAUGGACGGUGAUAACGAGGUGAGGAGGAAGGUGAAGCAGAUGAGUGACACGUUUCGAGAGGCUGUGAUGGACGGUGGAUCUUCGUUUGUCGUACUGCAACAAUUUAUUGAUGAUGUUUUCACCGAAAUAAAAUAAUAAGAUGGUAUCAUGUGAAAUAAAAUGGAUUUCUCUCCGCUACA